AAACUUGGGCAGGCCAGGCACACGCCCCCCACUGAUUUCAGUGGUGCCCCCGUCACAACAUCAACCUUUGGCAGAGCAGCAGCACGCAAAAGUUAGCGACCAGACCCAAAAGCUAAGAGCGAGACCAGGGCCCCAAAUUUCCUCCAUUGAAAUAUCUCCUCCCACCCUCUCUCGUCUCUUCCUCUUUCUCUUCUUUCUUUUCUUCCCUCACCCACGAAUGCGUUUCCUCAAGACGUAUCCCUAAAUUCUUCUUUCGUGAGGUGGUCGACACUACACUUCGUUUUUCUUUCCCCCAUUCAUUCCUCAAUAGCACAAUCAAUUCUACUCUCGAGUAGCUUGGCCGUGUUGUUGUUGUUUUGAAUCCCCCCCAAAACAAAAACACCUUCUUUUGCAACCUAAGAAAAUCAUCUUGACAACGCAUUUGCGCGUCACUAUUUACAAUGGCUGACUCCACCAAUGUUGGCGCUCCUGCGCUCAACACCAACAUCGAGUCUGGCAACUUCGACGAGAAGAAGCACCAGGCCGUUGCCGCCGCUCAGGACGCUGCCAAGGCUAAGCCUGCCGCUGAGGACGACGACGAGGAUGAGGACAUUGAUGCCCUCAUCGAGGACCUCGAAUCCCACGAUGGCCACGGUGCCUUCGAGGAGGAAGAGGAGGAGGUCAACGCUGCCACUGGCCGCGUUGUCCCCGAGGACAUGCUCCAGACUGACAGCCGCAUUGGUUUGACCGAGUCUGAGGUUCUCGCCCGCCGUCGCAAGUACGGUCUUAACCAGAUGAAGGAGGAGAAGGAGAACUUGAUUCUCAAGUUCCUCGGCUACUUCAUUGGUCCUAUCCAGUUCGUCAUGGAGGCUGCUGCUGUUUUGGCUGCCGGUCUCGAGGAUUGGGUUGAUUUCGGUGUUAUCUGCGCUCUCUUGCUGCUUAACGCCGGUGUCGGUUUCAUUCAGGAAUUCCAGGCUGGUUCUAUCGUCGAAGAGUUGAAGAAGACCCUCGCUCUUAAGGCUGUCGUCCUCCGUGACGGUGCCCUGAAGGAGAUUGAGGCCCCUGAGGUCGUUCCCGGUGAUAUCCUCCAGGUUGAGGAGGGUACCAUUAUCCCCGCUGAUGGUCGCAUUGUUACCGAAGAUGCUUUCCUCCAGGUUGAUCAGUCCGCCAUCACUGGUGAGUCCCUCGCUGUCGACAAGCACAAGGGUGACAACUGCUACGCUUCCUCCGCUGUCAAGCGUGGUGAGGCUUUCGUCGUCGUUACCUCCACUGGUGACAACACCUUCGUUGGUCGCGCCGCCGCCCUCGUCUCCCAGUCCGCUGGUGGUACCGGUCACUUCACUGAGGUUCUCAACGGCAUUGGUACGGUUCUCCUGAUCCUCGUUGUCUUCACUCUCCUCGUUGUCUGGGUCUCCUCUUUCUACCGCUCCAACGGUAUUGUUGAUAUCCUCCGCUUCACCCUUGCCAUCACCAUUGUCGGUGUCCCCGUCGGUCUUCCCGCUGUCGUUACCACCACCAUGGCUGUCGGUGCUGCCUACCUCGCCAAGAAGCAGGCUAUCGUCCAGAAGCUUUCCGCCAUUGAGUCCCUUGCUGGUGUCGAGAUUCUCUGCUCUGACAAGACUGGUACCCUCACCAAGAACAAGCUCUCCCUUGCUGAGCCCUUCACCGUCCAGGGUGUUGACCCCGAUGACCUGAUGCUCACUGCCUGCUUGGCCGCUUCCCGCAAGAAGAAGGGUAUCGAUGCCAUCGACAAGGCUUUCCUCAAGUCCCUCAAGUUCUACCCCCGCGCCAAGUCUGUCCUCUCCAAGUACAAGGUCCUUGAUUUCCACCCCUUCGAUCCCGUCUCCAAGAAGGUCCAGGCUGUUGUCGAGUCCCCCCAGGGCGAGCGCAUCACCUGUGUUAAAGGUGCCCCUCUCUUCGUUCUCAAGACUGUCGAGGAGGACCACCCCAUCCCUGAUGAGAUUGACAAGGCCUACAAGAACUGUGUUGCUGAGUUCGCUACCCGUGGUUUCCGUUCCCUUGGUGUUGCCCGCAAGCGUGGUGAGGGUGCCUGGGAGAUUCUCGGUAUCAUGCCCUGCUCUGAUCCCCCCCGUCACGACACUGCCCGCACUAUCAACGAAGCCAAGCGUCUCGGUCUUUCCAUCAAGAUGUUGACUGGUGAUGCCGUCGGCAUCGCCCGUGAAACUUCUCGCCAGCUCGGUCUCGGUACCAACGUCUACAACGCUGAGCGUCUUGGUCUUGGUGGCGGUGGUGACAUGCCCGGUUCUGAGGUCUAUGAUUUCGUCGAGGCCGCUGAUGGUUUCGCCGAAGUUUUCCCCCAGCACAAGUACUCCGUCGUCGAGAUUCUUCAGCAGCGUGGCUACCUUGUUGCCAUGACUGGUGACGGUGUCAACGAUGCUCCCUCGCUCAAGAAGGCCGAUACUGGUAUUGCCGUCGAGGGUGCCUCUGACGCCGCUCGUUCCGCCGCCGAUAUUGUCUUCCUUGCCCCCGGUCUCGGUGCCAUUAUUGAUGCCCUCAAGACUUCCCGCCAGAUUUUCCACCGUAUGUACGCCUACGUUGUCUACCGUAUCGCUCUUUCCCUGCACAUGGAGAUCUUCCUUGGUCUCUGGAUCGCCAUCUUGAACCGCAGCUUGAACAUUGAGCUUGUCGUCUUCAUUGCCAUUUUCGCCGAUAUUGCCACCCUUGCCAUUGCCUACGACAACGCUCCCUACUCCCAGACCCCCGUCAAGUGGAACCUUCCCAAGCUCUGGGGCAUGUCCAUUCUCCUCGGUAUUGUCCUCGCUGUCGGUACCUGGAUUGCUCUUACCACCAUGUACGCUGGUGGUGAGAACGGUGGUAUUGUCCAGAACUUCGGUAACAUCGAUGAGGUUCUCUUCCUUGAGAUCUCUCUCACUGAGAACUGGCUGAUUUUCAUCACCCGUGCUAACGGUCCUUUCUGGUCUUCCAUUCCUUCUUGGCAGCUGUCCGGCGCCAUCUUGGUCGUCGAUAUCAUUGCUACCUUCUUCUGUCUCUUCGGAUGGCUCGUUGACGGCUCCCCCCACACCUCCAUCGUCGCUGUUGUCCGUAUCUGGAUCUUCUCCUUCGGUGUCUUCUGCAUCAUGGGUGGUCUCUACUACUUCAUGCAGGGCAGCUCCGGCUUCGACAACCUCAUGCACGGCAAGUCCCCCAAGGGCAACCAGAAGCAGCGCUCCCUCGAGGACUUCGUUGUCUCUCUUCAGCGUGUCUCUACCCAGCACGAGAAGUCCCAGUAAAUAUGUUCUGUCACAUACCCGCAUGGCAUUUAGCCUGCUUCUUUCGUCUUCACUAUGUUUAAAUUUGCAUUGUAUGAGUCGUAAUGGGGCUGUGGACUAGUUUUUCAGUUUGUUGUGGUUGGAGAGGAAACUUUUCAUACCCCCUUACACCUUGUGUCUAAUUAGGCAGUAAUGGU